UCACACUGCUGUUGCUAGGUGGACCACACCAGGAAGGAAAUUGGGUAUAAGUCUCUGAGAAACAAAACCAUUUUCUCUUUCAUUUUUAGCCAGAUUUCACCCUCUUAGCAAGGAACAGAGAAAAGACAAGAGAGGUUGUUUCUGGGAGCCAGGGAAGAAAACCAAACAACUAGUGGCCACAGAACCUUCCAGUUUUUCAAAGCAGCCCUUGGCUAAAACCGACUUCAGGAAUGUUUUUAUCACAGAGUAUAAAUAUGAAUGAGGCCGUUUCUGAGGGAGCAGACGAGGGAAGACACCCAACACAACUUGUCAUCUUUGGCUCUCCAGCUUUUCAAAGCAGCCUUUGCUAUUAAAAGGACAACUGAAAAAUCCAGAACAGCUAUGCCUGGUACCAAUUCAAAACAAUUUAUGGAAAAGGAUCUUGCAGAGCUGAAAGCCUCUUUGGAACGAAGCAUUCUCCAAAAAGUUUUAGCUGAUAUUGAUAAAGAGUCAAAUGUAUUAAAGAACACAACACUUGAUAUUGCGUUCACGGGGGUUUCAGGGGCUGGUAAAUCAUCCCUCGUGAAUGCCUUCCGCAAUAUUUCAGAUUUUGAAGAAGGCGCAGCUAAAACUGGGGUGAAACAGACAACUAUGGACCCAGAGCCAUAUUCCCAUCCUACUUACCCAGAACUAACAUUAUGGGAUCUACCAGGAAUAGGGACACGUGAAUUUAAACCAAAGGAAUACCUUCAGAAGGUAAAUUUUAGCAGGUACGAUUUCUUCAUCAUCGUCGCCUCAGAACGCUUCACGGACCAUGACACCAUGCUGGCCUCAGAAAUAAAAAAGAUGCAGAAGAAGUUUUACUUUGUUCGCACCAAAGUGGAUCAGGCUAUAGAAGCUGAAAGAAGGAAGCCGAACUUUAGUGAGAUGCAAACCUUGGAAGAGAUAAGAAAAUAUUGCCUUUGCAAUCUGAAAGAGGAAGGAGCGGAUGAUCCCAGAGUUUUUCUCAUAUCCAGUUGGUAUUUGAGUAAGUAUGACUUCCCUCUCCUGCAGAAGACUCUGGCAGGUGACCUGAAUGACAUCAAGAGACCGCUUCUAAUUAUGGCUAUGCCAGCGUUCUCGAGAAAAGCCCUGCAAGAAAAAAAGGCUGUUAUGGAGGCCGUUAUAUGGAAGAAAGCCCUUUUGUCUUGUGGCGUUGGGGCGAUCCCUAUGCCAGGGCUCUCUCUCGCUUUUGAUAUUGGCCUCUUGGUGACAACAAUGAAAGAGUUCUGCAAGGCCUUUGGCUUGGAUGAAGAUUCCCUCCGUAAUCUUGCAAAGCGGGUUGGCAAACCUGUCGAGGUGCUCAAGUCUGCUGUCAAAAAGUCUCCGAUGUCCAACCAGAUCAACCCGGAAUUCGUACAGUCUCUCACAUCCAAGUCCUUGUUGUGUUGCUCUGCAAUGGUGCUGGAAGAGCUUUCCGAUUUCAUACCUGUCUUAGGCUCCCUAGUAGGUGGCGUUAAUUCUUUUGCCACCACACGCUACAUGCUGAACCGCUUCCUAGAUGAUGCUCUGGAAGAUGCUGAGAAUCUUCUCACAACAGAGCCUGGAGGAGGCAGGCCAAGCGAUCCCGAGCUCAGCAUGCAUGUGGCUGUGGUGGCCUUGCUGAUUGUGAAGUUGGGCAGGAGGGGAAAUUCUGGUCACUGGGCUGACACUGGUGACCGAGCAGAGUGGCCAUACCAGCAACAGUCAUCCUCUCAGGUCUUCUUGUUGGAUCACCACCUGCAGAGAUGCAAAACGGAAACAUUGUGCUCAGUGCUGGGAGCCAUACCCAGUGCAAGGCACAUGCUCGGCCAGGCGCUGUGCCCCAUCCCCAACCCAGAUGGCACUGUACAUCGCCCCCCAACCUCGCUGCCGGAAUCUCUGCUCCUCACCGUGAUCCGUGCUGCUAUGGCUGGUACCAAUUCAAAAAAAUUAUCAGGAAAUGAUCUUGCUGAGCUGAAAGCCUCUUUGGAACGAAGUAGUAUCCAAAAGAUAAUAGCUGAUGCUGAUAAAGAGUUAAAAUUAUUAAAGAACACAACGCUUGAUAUUGCUUUCACGGGGGUUUCAGGGGCUGGUAAAUCAUCCCUCGUGAAUGCCUUCCGCAAUAUCUCAGAUGAUGAAGAAGGCGCAGCUAAAACUGGGGUGAAACAGACAACUAUGGACCCAGAGCCGUAUCCUCAUCCUAGUUACCCAGAACUGACCUUAUGGGAUCUACCAGGAAUAGGGACACGUGAAUUUAAACCAAAGGAAUACCUUCAGAAGGUAAAUUUUAGCAGGUACGAUUUCUUCAUCAUCGUCGCCUCGGAACGUUUCACAGACCAUGACACCAUGCUGGCCUCAGAAAUAAAAAAGAUGCAGAAGAAGUUUUACUUUGUUCGCACCAAAGUGGAUCAGGCUAUAGAUGCUGAAAGAAGGAAGCCGAACUUUAGCGAGACCCAAACCUUGGAAGAGAUAAGAAAAUAUUGCCUUUGCAAUCUGAAAGAGGAAGGAGCGGAUGAUCCCAGAGUUUUUCUCAUAUCCAGUUGGUAUUUGAGUAAGUAUGACUUCCCUCUCCUGCAGAAGACUCUAGCAGGUGACCUGAAUGACAUCAAGAGACCUCUUCUGAUUAUGGCUAUGCCAGCGUUCUCGAGAAAAGCCCUGCAAGAGAAAAAGGCUGCUAUGGAGGCCGUUAUAUGGAAGAAAGCCCUUUUGUCUUGUGGCGUUGGGGUGAUCCCUAUGCCGGGCCUCUCUCUCGCUUUUGAUAUUGGACUCUUGGUGACAACAAUGAAAGAGUUCUGCAAGGCCUUUGGCUUGGAUGAAGAUUCCCUCCGUAAUCUUGCAAAGCGGGUUGGCAAACCUGUCGAGGUGCUCAAGUCUGCUGUCAAAAAGUCUCCGAUGUCCAACCAGAUCAACCCGGAAUUCGUACAGUCUCUCUCAGCCAAGUCCUUGUUGUGUUGCUCUGCAAUGGUGCUGGAAGAGCUUUCCGAUUUCAUACCUGUCUUUGGCUCCCUAGUAGGUGGCGUUAAUUCUUUUGCCACCACAUACUACAUGCUGAAGUGUUUCCUAGAUGACGCUCUGGAAGAUGCUGAGAAUCUUCUUGCAACAGUUGCCGAGUCUUAAUCGCACGGACUCAAGAUCCUUCUGAAAAGAUCCUGCAAUUAACCUUCAUUACCGCAGUUAUUGUUUAUGUGCAACCCUUACAGGUUCAGUAGUCUUCUGAAAGAAUGGGUUUGGCAACUCAUUCUGAAAAGUGAUGAUCAAGUUUGGGGGGAGCUUCAUGAUUACUUUGUUUUGUUUUUAGGAUGUUCUUUGCAAAGAUCAUUAACAAUAGAGAAUUGUCAACUCUGGCUUGGGACGUUCCUUGAGAUUUGGGGGCAUUUUCUGGGAAGGGUGGAGUUUGGGGAGGGGAUGCCAUAAAGCCCAACCUCUGAUGCUGCCAUUUUUUCCAGGAAACCUGGUCUCUGUAGUCUGGAGAUUUAAAUCACAGAUAAUCACGUAUGUUCGGGGGUAAUUCUCUUAACCCCUGGUAAAGUUCACCAGAUGGCCACUGUGGGCACAGGAUUAAUUUCUUUUAUCUUUGGGCCAAACUACAAGUGACGCCUGACACUAGUUGGACACUUGUCAGCUUCCCUCAAGUUUUGAUGGGAAAUGUAGGCCGCUUGGCGGAAUGUUGGACAAGUGACAGUUGAAAAGUCCAUUGAACAGCAGUCGGAGAGCCAAGCUGCAAGACCAGGACACCUACAUUUCCUAUCAAAACUUGAGGGAAGCUGGCAAGUGUCCAACUAGUGUCAGGCAUCACUUGUAGUUUGGCCCUUAGACAGCCUACAGAUGUAGUUGAAGAACCUGUGGAUUUAUGGUCUAAUUGCUAGUAAGAGGUAAAUUUAGCCUUUUAAAUCUUGCUAUAGAAAUUAACGAGUAAUGUCAGGUCUGUCUCAGAGACCAGACAUUUUAUCUACAGUAUGUUAAAGUGAAAGAUUUAGUUCAGUUUUGAUUGUUACUCUGCCUUUAAAAUCAAGCUGAGAGCUGAUUAUGUCUCUGCUGUUGGGAUUCUCAGAAGGUUGAGGUGAGAUAUUGGUGUGCAAUGGGUUAAAAAUGUUUCACAGCAUUCUGACACUUUUAACUGAAACUUUAUUAGCAUUAAACACCAUGUAUUCAGUUAUGUUUGAGAAAUGUUAGAUUUGAUUUUUCUUGCAUGUGUUUUCUAUAAGAUUAUUUCAUAUGUGUAUGUAUUUUUUAAUUUCUUGCCUAAUAAAAGGCGUUAUGGCUUAUUUCAAUAAAGAUCAUUAGCUGGCUGAAAA